AUUUUGGAAGCCCCAAAAACCGGCCACCUGAACGCAGAGCGGUCCAAAACCCAGCACUAGAAAAUCCAUUUUCGUUGGAUUGAGCUAAGCUGUAGAACUAGGUCGAACUACGUCCCGGUCCAAUAGAAGUGAGGCUUUGCACUUGAAAAGUUUUCCGUAGCCGCCGCUGGAGAAGGGCGGCGGAGACCGUGCGAGGAGCACCGAAGAGGUGAAGCCAUUAGAUGCGGUAGGAAUUCUCUCCCGCCGCUAUUAUUGUUUCCAAAGUCCAAACGCCCGCUAUUCCUCAUAUCUCUCUCCUCCUCUUCUCCCGGCCUCCUCUUGCUUUUCGAAUUCCACUUUUCUCUCUUUCCAUGACCGUAUGAGAUGGGCAAGAGCAGCCAAAGCCCCAUCUCUUCUCCGGAGAUCGGAGGCUCGUCUCCUCUCCACCAUUCCCUCCCUCUCCCACGAGCUCUCCCUCUCCGAGCAGGUCCACGCCAUCCUCCACACCGUCCCCGCCAUCGAGCCCCCCCCGAGUGCAUCGCCCCCCUCCUCACAUCCCACGUCGUCGCCGCCGUCCUCGACGAGACCCCUGCCGUUCGCUCCGCCUUCCGCUUCUUCGUCUGGGCCUCGAGGCGCCGCCACCUCCGCAGCUGGGUCGGCCACAACCGGAUGAUCUCCCUGCUCCGGGAUGGCGAGGAGGGGUUCGAGUCGGCCUGGCAGUCCCUCGUGGAGAUAAGGGACUGUGGCGAGCUCAUCCCGCCCGCGGCAUUCACGGUGCUCAUCUCGGCCUAUUCGGCCUCCGGCAUGGCCGAGAAGGCCGUGGAGUCCUUCGGCCGGAUGGUGGAGUUCAAUUGCCGGCCCAAUACCUUCACGUACAACACCGUUCUCCAGAUUUUCGUCGAUAAAGAUGUCAUCUUGCUCGCCAUGGCGGUCUAUAAUCAGAUGCUGAAGUCAGAUUGCCGCUCGAAUCGAUCGACCUAUAAUAUCUUGAUGGACGGGCUGUGCAAAGCGGGGAAGACCCAGGACGCCUUGGCGUUGUUCGACGAAAUGCUCCAGAGAGGUAUCUCACCGAAUACCAUGAUCUACACGGUGUUCCUCUCGUCGCUUUGCAAGGCCGAUAGGUUAAAUGAUGCGAGCAGGCUAUUGGAUUCCAUGAAACAGAAGAACUACAAGCCGGACUCGGUUACCUACAAUGCAUUGUUGAGUGGAUUUUGCAAGUUGGGGAGAAUUGACGGAGCUUUCGAGCAUUUGAAAUCAUUCAGGGAGGAUGGAUUCGUUCUUGGAUUGGGUGGUUAUAGCUGCUUGAUUGACGGGUUGUUCAGGGCUGGGAGAUUUAAAGAGGCAUGCCUGUAUUACCAGGAAAUGUUGGAAAAUAAUGUUGUUCCGGAUUGUAUCCUGUACACUAUAUUGAUUAAGGGUUAUGUGGAAGCUGGUAGGAUUGAAGACGCUUUCUCUUUCUUGACUCAGAUGACCGAAAGAGGUUUAGUUCCCGACACCUACUGUUAUAACACUCUGAUCAAGGGUCUUUGUGAUGCUGGCCUUUUGGACAGAGCUCGUUCUCUGAGGUUGGAGAUUUCACAGCAUGACCGCUUUCCUGACUCUGCCACCUACACUAUCAUGAUCUGUGGAUUAUGCAAGGAAGGGCUUGUUCAUGAGGCACAGCAAAUCUUUGAUGAGAUGGGGAAGCUUGGGUGUGUACCAACUGUUAUGACGUUAAAUGCUCUCAUCAACGGGCUUUGCAAGGCUGGGAGGCUGGAAGAAGCUCACAUUCUUUUCUAUAAGAUGGAAAUGGGAAGGAAUCCUUCUCUGUUCCUUAGACUCUCGCAAGGUGCCCAUCAGGUUCGCGAUAGUAACAGUCUUCAUAGAUUGGUGGAAGAGUUGUGCCAGUCUGGGCUUGUACUUAAAGCGUAUAAGCUUCUCCGAGACAUCAUUGACAGUGGAGUUGUACCUGAUGUCAUUACAUAUAACAUACUGAUCAAUGGCUUGUGUAAGGUGGGCAACACUGACGGGGCACUGAAGCUCUUUAAAGAGAUUUAUUUCAAGGGGCUCUCCCCUGAUGCAGUCACAUAUGGGACACUUAUUGAUGGGCUCGUAAAGGUCCAUAGAGAAGAGGAUGCCUCAAUGGUUUUCCAACAUAUGUUGCGGAGCGGAUGCACCCCUAGCUCAUCAAUUUACAGUACUCUUAUGAGAACAUUGUGCAGGAAGAAGAGAACCUCACAAGCAGUGAGCCUAUGGCUGAACCACCUCUCACAAAAGCACCGGAUUCCCGAGGAAGCCAAGACCAUUGCAGUGGUGCACAAACAUUUUGAGCAAGGUUACCUGGAAGAAGCAGUUAGAGGAUUAUUUGAGAUGGAUCAGAAGCAUGGAUCUGUUAAUUCAUUCCCAUACACCAUCUGGCUCAUUGGGUUUUGCCAGGUGGGAAAAGUUGAUGAUGCUCUUAAGAUAUUUAACAUCCUCAUAGAGUUCGACAUUGAUGCCACUCCACCCAGUUGUGUACUUCUCAUAAAUUGCCUGUGCCGUAAAGGGAAGCUAGCUGCUGCAUUGGAUGUUAUGCUUUAUGCGUUGAGAAAAGGUUUCCUUUUUAUGCGACCUGUGGGCAAUCGUUUAAUUAAGAAACUUUGCAUGCAUAACAAAAGGGAGGCAGCACAAGUGCUCGCAUGGAGAAUGCAUCUUGCUGGAUAUGAUAUGGAUGCAUAUCUUCGAGAAACUACAAAAGGCCUAUUGUAUGAUAAUUAGAUUGGUGGCAGCUGAAUUCUGCUGUAACAUCAACGUGUUCUCAGGAGUGAAUCCUCUAGUAUGUCAAGGAAUUCCAUCACAAAGCCAUUUGAUCAAAAAGUGUCCCUGCACCAGUUAUCAUUGCUAUAGAGGUUGAUCCUUGUUGUCCAGUGAAUGAAGUCUCAAAAAUGCCAGAAAGAUCAAAGGGAACUGUACAUCAUUCAUAUCGUCGAUGGAAUCAAGCACCUCGGAAUGAAAAAAACACCGUCCAUAUCGUCGAUGGAGUCAAGCACCUCGGAAUGAGCAGAUCUCAGUUCGUUAGAUGGUUAGGUUUUACACAGAAAUUGAGAAUCAGUUGAGAAUCACCCUUUCGUUAUCAUUAGACAUUUAGGAGAGAGAAAGAAAGUUGAUAAACAUUGUAACAGCCCAUACAAAAAGGACAGAAAAGUGCAGUGGAUUCUUACUUAGGCUUGUCAAGCCAAAGUAAAAGAAAGCCCAUAAAUCCUCCCUUGGUGGCUUUGACAAAACCAAGGACCAAAUAAUGGGCUAAUGUUUUUUUCGGAAUAUGGCAUGAUCCUAGCAGAAUCGGUCUGUUCAAA